AUGGGUUGUAAAGUGACCGUCUUGCUGUUCAUCUAUUUCCUGGCUACAAACUACUACUGGAUCCUGGUAGAAGGCUUGUACCUGCACAGUCUCAUCUUCAUGGCCUUCUUGUCUGAUUCAAAGUACCUGUGGGGCUUUACUUUGAUCGGGUGGGGUGUUCCUGCUCUUUUUGUUGCAGCAUGGGCAGUUGUCAGGGCAAUGCUGGCAGAUGCAAGGUGCUGGGAGCUGAGUGCAGGAAACAUCAAAUGGAUCUACCAGGUCCCCAUUCUGACAGCCAUUGGGCUGAACUUCAUCCUGUUCGUGAAUAUCGUGCGGGUUCUCGCCACCAAGAUCCGUGAGACCAACGCAGGCAGAUACGACACACGGAAACAGUACAGGAAGCUUGCCAAAUCUACACUUGUUUUGGUGUUUGUGUUUGGAGUGCACUACAUUGUGUUUGUUGGAAUGCCACACACAUUCGAAGGUCUUGGCUGGGAGGUGCGGAUGUAUUGUGAGCUGUUCUUCAAUUCUUUCCAGGGCUUCUUUGUGUCUAUCAUCUACUGCUACUGUAAUGGAGAGGUCCAAACUGAGAUCAAGAAGACAUGGACACGAUGGAACCUUGCGUUUGAUUGGAAGGGCCCGGUGGUGUGCGGGAGCUACCGCUACGGCUCUGUGUUGACGGGCCUUAACAACAGCACCAGCAGUCAGUCCCAGCUGGCUACCGGUGGCCCAGGCACCCGUUCCACCAUGCUCUUCUCCAGCCGAGUCUACCGCAGCAGCUGGGGGCCAACUAUCAGUGCCCAUGCCACCUUGCCAGGCUAUGUGUUCAGUUCGGAUGCUGACAGCUUGCCACCAUCCAUUCCCGAGGAGCCAGAGGACAGUACAAAGCAAGUCGAUGACAUCCUGCUGAACUCUGUAGAUAAUGGCGCGGUGAUAGACAGACAAAUUGGGUGUAAUAGCACAUUGGGCAUUGGUUAA